AUGUCAUCUGGUAGCCUUGUCAUGGAUAAGCCUUCAUUAUUUUUACCUAUCAAGACUGAAAUGGAUCUCAACUCGCAUGGCCAAACAAAUCACUUGCAGAACUUAUCGCCGAUGGAAUUAGUCAAAUUGGGACAACAUUUUCAGCUCGAUAUACACCACCAACAACCUCAGCAACAUUAUUCUUCUGUCACAUCAUCUACGUCGAAUGGUUGGGAUCCCACGGAACAUUUUGGCUCAUUGAAGGUUGCUAAAAACAGUUCCACUCCCUACACGGAUGCGACAAAUUGUAAAAAAUCGAGCAAUCAUAUAAAGCGUCCAAUGAAUGCUUUCAUGGUCUGGUCACAAAUGGAACGUCGGAAAAUUUGCGAAACUUCACCGGACAUGCACAAUGCGGAAAUCAGCAAAAGGCUUGGCUUACAAUGGCGUCAAUUAUCGGAUACUGAGAAAGCACCGUACAUUGCGGAAGCAGAACGUUUACGUGUGAUGCACAUGAAGGAAUAUCCGGAUUACAAGUACAAACCGCGGAAGAAGCCGAAAAAGGGUGCGGAUGGACAGGUUGCUGUUUCUGCAAGUAAUUCUUGUCAUGUGCCCAGUCAGACACUGCGACACAAUAACAUCACUUCAUCGAUUACUGGUGCCAGUCGACCGAAAACACAUAAACGGAUACUUGGUUUGUCAGUGAAUGGUCAAAGCGAAAUCCAUCACCACUUACCAUUUGCUGGUAAAUCGAUGAAGAUUGACCAUGACGGUAUUCGUUAUCUGAAUUCGGCCACCAACGAUCAAAAGAUAUCACCACUUGCAAAUGUCGCUAUAAAACAGGAAGGGUUAUUCAAACAGUCAUUUUCAUCACCGAAUAAUUUUGUGAGUACACCAGUGACUCCGGAAAGCGGUUUUUACGAUGAUUUUUAUACAUCAGCUCAGCAUCCCGCCGUCCCGGUGUAUUCAUCUUUAACAGCCAAUGCACCAUCGCAACAUCUGUUGAUUCCUUGUACAAAAAUGAACCAUGUAGGUGAUGUAAGUACUUCCUACAACACUAGCAACGGUAGUGCAUCAUCGAUGAUGCAUCAUCAGCAGUUCUCUGCAUACUAUCAGCAACCACCAUCAACCGGGCAAUCACCAAUUGCUAUUCCGAACAAUGCAUUAAUCGCUGAUCAGGAUGAAUUGCGUUCGAUGUCAAGCGGGUCGAGUAGUGGAUACGCGAGCGCAGGAACAGCCGUUGAUACGGAAACAGCUACCAGCUCAGUUCCUAUUAUCACUCAUGUAGUCAAUGUACGUUCCCCUAUUUGCUCCAUGUCUUAUUAUCCGUCAAGUGGACCCAGCACUAGCUCUGAUCCAUUUGUCUCAAACGGUUCUACGCAGCAGUCAUCAGCGCCACCGCCACCAUCAUCAGAUGAUCCAAAUCAGUCUCAGACCGAUGUCGAGCUUCUGCCAUCUAUUAGUGAUUUUCAGUUUCCAGCUGCGAUGAGCGGUAUGUGGGGUGCGCCAGUCAGUACAGAUUUAUGGACUACGACAUCAACACACCCAAAUCACCAAAUUACGCGAUCACUAACAAAUUAUGAUGCUUACUGCAAUCGCAUCUAGAAGUAGAUUUGUUCAAAUUCCUUUGAAACCGCAAACUUCAAAAACAGAACUUCUGAGCAAUUGAAACCUUACCGC